AUGAAGCGUGUUCCUUGCAACACCGUCUAUAACGGCAAAACAUGCUAUCAAUCCCGAUGCUCAUCAGCAACUGCUGGAGCAAGUCGCAGCACAUCGAUAUGUGACGGGGGGUGGAAGUGGGAGACAGUCCGCCUAAGGCCUCCAGCAAAUCAGGCUCUCCCCAACCUAACCUGCACUUCCAAGGCCGCAGUGCCUGCGGCUCUUCCGCCAGCCCCGGGCGCGGCCAACCCUCGCUUCCCCAGGGCAGGGCUCAGCUCGGGUCCAUGCAACCAGCCAAGUCAGGCCCGCACCGGGCCGGGCCGGCCCGCUCGUCCGCAGCGGCCCCUGGACCCCCGCCAGCAGGACUGGGCGUGGGCCCCGGCGGCCACCGCCCCGCCAACUCGGGCUCGGGAGGAAAGAGUGCGCCCCACCCGCUACGCCAGCCCCAGACCUACCUGCAGGGGAAAGCGAGGCUCCUGGACAGCGGCCACGGGCCCGAGGGCUGGCGCCCAGGCGGCCGGAGCCCGUCCCAGGGACCCCAAAUAUCCCUGGUGGUGCAGGGCGGGGACACACGCCGGGGGGCUGCCUCGGGCCAGCGCGGCCCGUCGCGGGGGUCGCGGGGACCUGGCUCUCCCCUCAGCACCAGUCCACCGCCGCCGCCGCCAUUUUGCCUUCCACUCGGUGGUGUCGCCGCCGCCGCACUCCGCCGCAGGUUUCCCGGAUGUGGGCAUUUCCCGGCGUCGCUUGCGCGGGGGCCGAGGACUGGGGGCUUCAGUCCGCCCCGCCGCCAGCAGCCAGCGCGCCGCCUGCGGCCUCCCGCCCUCCCCGGUCGUCCUCUCUUCAGCGUGCUGGCGAGCGUCUCCCCGCGUCGCCCCCGCCUGGCGCUGGCCCGUUGAGCUCUUGCUGUGCAAGGAUCCAGAAUCAAGACGCGCAUCUCCAGAAGUUUAAUUCUCAGAAGGAAGCAGCAAUGAGUUGCCCUGAAACCUCGCUGUGGGUGGGCACUAGGGAUUGGGAUUUCUAGAGGCUUUGAAAUAGAUUGAUUUUUGCUUAGCACUCUUUCUUUCCCUGAGUAAGUCCGUGUUUAAGUAUUUGCUGAAUCAGAUUAAUAUAUUGUUGAACCCAGGCAGAGUAAUAGAGUUUGGAGAUUUUUAACCUGUCAACCGAAUCAGGGGAUGAGAAAAGUCAUUAUUGUUAAGAUUGGGAUAACGUGACUGCGAGAAGAGGUUUUUAUUUCUUGUUGAAUUGGAAAUUUGGGAUGAGAUCAUUGGGUUUGUGAUGUCUGAAGGUACCGUCUACCCUUUGUAAAGAGUGCUUUUGUCAAAUCUGCCUCUAGAAAAUAUAUGGUUAAUAUUUGCAAACA